UAUUUUUACUAUAUAAAUAAAAUAUAUAAAUGGUUCUUUUAGUAUUCUUCGUGUAUUAUAGAAAUUUUGUAAAUGAAAUCUCAUACUAUUUUAAAAUCCUAUAUAAUCAUUAAAUUAGUCUUAACUAUAAUAUAUCCCUCAUAUUCUCUCACAUCUAAUAUUUUAAAUCCACCACUAGAUACAAACGUUAAAUCCACAACUGACCUUCCAGUUACACAACAACAACUUGAUACCGACAUUGUUCAGUCGAAUAAUUUCCAUAAUAUUGACGAUGAAAUUAGAAAUAAACAAAUUCUAGAUACCGGUGAAAAGAACGACAUUUCAUUUAAUCAUAAUUCUGGUGGAUGUAAUGUUCUAAAGGAUGACUAUAUUGAAGUCGCCCUUGACCCUCAUGACAUUUUAAAAACUCAAGAAUUAAUAUACUCCAUUACUCCAUCAGAACUUCGUUUAUAUUUCAAAGAUCGCAAUUCAAAGAAGGAACACACUAACCCUCCUAAAAAGGGUAAACUGUUCGCAAGGUUUUCAUUCAACACAAUUGUAACUCCAUUUGAGACCAUCGCUUCGUCUAGAGAAUGCUUUCGACUGUUCUAUAAUAAAUCUCCGAUAAUUUUUUGUGGAUCAGACACUAAAAGUAGGGACGCUUUUAUGGUUUCUCUCCUUAAAUCUAAGUUUUGUUAUGUUGCUCACACAGCCUUAAGUCCUUCGCAUAACACUUCUAAAUUUGGUAAAAAAGAGGGGAAAUUACCUCAAUUUUCUAAUAAACAGAAACGACUGGAAAACCUGCUCAAAGGGGAUUCAGACGACGUUGGAAUAGAAGAACACGAAAAUAGUACAACAAACAUUGACAUUAAGAACAUACAGUCUGGCAAGCCUCAGAUAUUUUUUAAUGGAGAAGAGGUGAACGCAGAUGUUUCUGAGACCAAGCCCGGACAAGCCGCAUAGAUAUGCGUCAAAUUCUUGUGAGAAGCUCCAUACAGAUAUGGUUGAGUGCUACAAGUCUUCACGGUGUUUCAAGGAACUUAACAGAACAUUUGAAGACUGUCUUAACAACUUGAGACCGGAGGAUGUUGGACAAGAGUGUAUUCAGCUUAAAAAAGCACUCGCUCAAUGCAGGAGAAAUUUGUUAAAUGCUAAAUUCCGUACCACUGGAAAUCCCUACUCAGGAUAAUUAUAAUCACCAAGAUAACAAAUACAGAGUAAUUUUAUUUAAUAAAUUA